AUGGAGAGGUACACCAGUCAGCGGUGGAAACCUACUGAUGACCAGGUUAAAAUGAUGACCAAUAUCUUCAACCACGGGGUCACACAUCCCAGCAGAGCCCAAGUCGUCGAGAUUACAUCUCGACUCAGGGCCUUCGGAGAAGUCAGUGAAUAUAAUGUACACUGCUGGUUCAACAAUCACGGUAACCGGGUUAGGCGCUGGCAAGCGGAAUUAGAUCCCACUGGCACCGUAUUUUCUCAGCUGCCGCUAAUAUGGCUGGGUGAUUAUGAAGGCGCCAAGGCUGCUGGAUUUGUUCCCUGUUCCUAUCAUCAUCGACGAUGA